UAAACCUUUUGAAAUUUAGAAUUUCAACAAUUUAUUAUCUAAAUCUGCAAUCUUAUGUGCUUUAUCACUAAAUUUAACUUAGAUUAUUGCUAAUGUUGCAAAUAUGCAUUAGUAUUUAGAAGCUAUUUUAAUUACUUUAUUAGUUUUAUCUAAUCUUCAAUUUAUAAGUUAACUCGUGAUUGGAAUAUGUCUAAUUACAAUACAAAAUGACAAAUAAAAAAGGAAUAAAAUCUAAAAUUGUCUCAUAUAUUUUAUAUAAAAAUAUCCUUCUUUAUUUGAAAACAUUCAGAUUUAAUAAAGCUAAAUAAAUGUAAGAUCUCUUUUGAAAAUAAAGCUAGUCAAAAAUAAAGUUAAACAUUUAAUUAAGUACUUUAGGCAAUAUAGUUUCUUCAAGUAAGAAACUUUGUUAUAGCAUUUUCAUCUCAAAAAAAAUUCAAUCUUUUCUCCUAAAUUAGAACUAAAGUACUAAGCCAGUAAAUUUACCUUGUUACCUGGGAAUGAAAAUAUCAUAGGAUAGAAUAAAAAGGUAGAUUCUUUUAUGAGUAUGAGACAAAAAUGGUCAUACUAUACGAGAAAAACGAAUGAAAGUCCAAUAAAUAAAAAUUCAUAUGAUAGUUAAGAUAAAAUCUAGAACAUUAACAAAGAAAUAGCUCUUACUGAAACAGGAAAUAUGUAAACUGAUACUUAUAAUGAUGAAUUUGGAAAAUUUAUAAUAAGCGAUGAUAAGAAAAAUUACAAUAUUAAUUAAUAUUUGACCAAAAAUUAAUGA